GACGGCGGCGAAGGUGAGCCGCGCCCCCUUUUGCCGCCUCCCGCCGCUCCAUGAGGGCCUGGCGCGCGCUGCGGCGGGCGGCCGCCCCCUCUUCCUCCUCCUCUUCCUCUUUUCCUGCCGAUGGGAAGCCUCGCAGGCGGGCAUGGGAGACUUCGCUGUCACCGCUGGAGCGGGUGAGGCGGCUGCUGCCGCCCGAGGAAGCGGCGGCGGUAGCGCAGCCGCCUCAGGCUCCCCCGAAGGAGGAGGAGGAGGAGGUGGCGGUGGCUGCCCCCCGACAAGCGCUGGCUGAGGCGGCGGCUCCGCGUUCCGGCCCUUUCCGCGCCGGGGAGCUGGCGCUGGCGGAGGUGCGGAGGAAGCACAACUCGACGCUGAAGCUGCUGUGCCGGCUGGCGGCGGAGGCGGUGCUGAGCAGCCCCGGCGGCCUCCUGCCCCACCGCGACAUCAUCGGGCGGCUGCCCGGGCAGGUGCUGCUCACGGCGAGCGGGAAGCGGCUGCUGCUGCGGCGGCCCUCGCUGGACGAGUACGUGCUGCUCAUGCCGCGGGGAGCCACCAUCGCCUACCCCAAGGAUAUAAGUGCUCUAUUAAUGAUGAUGGAUAUCCACCCGGGAGACACCGUGUUGGAAACUGGCAGCGGGUCUGGUGCUAUGAGCUUGUUUCUGUCGAGAGCAGUUGGGCCCAAAGGACGUGUUCUAAGUUAUGAAAUCAGAGAGGAUCAUCAUAAUUUAGCUAAGAAGAAUUACAGGCACUGGCGUUCGGCAUGGGAAAUAGGACACGUGGACGAGUGGCCAGAUAACGUGGAGUUCAUUCUUAAAGACAUUUCAACAGCUGCUGCAGAUCUGAAAUCUGUAACACUUGAUGCAGUAGUUCUGGAUAUGCUGAACCCUCAGUGUGCUCUGCCUGUUGUACACCCAAGCCUGAAACAAGGUGGGGUGUGUGCUGUGUACUUGGCAAACAUCACACAGGUUAUUGACCUUUUAGACAGAAUACGGAGCUGCAAGCUUCCUUUUUUGUGUGAAAGGAUAAUUGAGGUAACUCACAGGAGCUGGUCAGUACUCCCUGCUAAACUCAAGCAUUACAAAUCAAGCCAAAUGGUGGAAACUCAAGAAAAUAUUGAAGAACCACUUCAAAAUGAAUACGAAGAAAUCCAUAUUGAGGAUCAAGCAGUUCUUAAGGAGAGCGAAUGCUAUGGUAAGGACUUUGCUGCUGACAAGAUCCCCUAUUACUGCACUUUGAUAACCCAGUGUAGGAGGAGGCAGUGUUUUUACCUAGGUCAGCUGAGAAUAGGCAAGGUUUUGGACAGCCUGGACCUUGUCAGGUUUAAAGAAGACUAUUAAUUGUUAUUUAAGUUAAAAUAGCCUACUAAAAACCUAGGCUAAAUAAAAAAUAAAUUUCAAUCUGAAAUAAAGAAUGACUUUCAAAUUUUUGAUUUUUAAGAAAAUUCCGUUCUUUAUAUUC